GGGGAGGGGGUGAGGAGCCGAGGUCUAGUCGUGCGCCUGCGUACUGAGGUCGGAGGGCCGAGGUCGCGCGGCGAACCCCUCGCCAGCUCUGCAAACCGCGCGAGAUUUCCUCCCGAACUCUUUGGCGGAGUUAUUUUAUACAGAAGUCUUGUGAGACCACUGUGCAAACAAGGUGAUGAUUGUACAAAGAGUGGUAUUGAAUUCCCGACCUGGAAAAAAUGGUAAUCCGGUGGCAGAAAAUUUCCGAGUAGAAGAAGUAAACUUGCCAGAUAAUAUCAAUGAAGGACAAGUACAAGUCAGAACUCUUUACCUUUCUGUGGAUCCUUACAUGCGUUGUAGAAUGAAUGAAGACACUGGCAGUGACUAUAUAUCACCUUGGCAGCUGUCUCAGGUGGUUGAUGGUGGAGGUAUUGGGAUUAUAGAAGAAAGCAAACACACAAAUUUUACUAAAGGCGAUUUUGUGACUUCUUUCUAUUGGCCCUGGCAAACCAAGGUUAUUCUAGAUGGAAAUAUCCUUGAAAAGGUAGACCCACAGCUUGUGGAUGGACACCUUUCAUACUUUCUUGGAGCUAUAGGGAUGCCUGGUUUGACUUCCUUGAUUGGGAUACAGGAAAAAGGUCAUAUAACUGCUGAAUCUAAUCAGACAAUGGUUGUUAGUGGAGCUGCUGGUGCUUGUGGAUCCUUAGCUGGGCAGAUUGGCCAUUUGAUGGGCUGUUCCAGAGUUGUAGGAAUUUGUGGAACACCUGAGAAGUGCCUCCUUUUGACCUCAGAACUGGGCUUUGAUGCUGCAAUUAAUUAUAAAGAGGGGAGUGUGGCAGAACAGCUCCGUGAAUUAUGCCCCUCUGGAGUGGAUGUUUACUUUGACAAUGUUGGAGGUGACAUCAGUGAUACAGUGAUAAGUCAGAUGAAUCAGAACAGCCACAUCAUCCUAUGUGGUCAAAUUUCUCAGUACAACAAAGAUGUGCCUUAUCCUCCUCCACUACCCUCUGCUGUAGAAGCAAUCCGGAAAGAAAGAAACAUCACAAGAGAAAGAUUUCUGGUGUUAAAUUUUAAGGACAAAUUUGAGUCUGGUAUUCUCCAGCUGAGUCAGUGGUUUAAAGAAGGAAAGCUAAAGAUCAAAGAGACUAUGAUAAAUGGAUUGGGAAACAUGGGAGCUGCAUUCCAGUCCAUGAUGACAGGAGGUAACAUCGGAAAGCAGAUAGUUUGCAUUUCAGAAGAAACCUCUUUGUUAUCUCUGUAAACAUCUUCAUUAAGGAAAUACACAGAUUGCUUUCCGUUUUGCACAAAGAUUUCAAGAUACAUUAAAAAAACCCUUAAGAGUGCAGAUACCUUUUGAUUUAAAUGUGAUCAUAGGUGAUAUUUUCUUAGCUGCAUAAUUCUUUCCUGUGUCUUCAAUAUCAUAUAUGUAUUCUUCAUCCAAUAUGAUUAUUUACAAUAAUAGAUUGAAGUCAAUAUGACCUAUUUUUCCUUCUUUUGCUAAAACUAAUAUUACAUGAAAUUUGUAUCAGAUAUUCUGAAACCACUGAAGAUUUGAUGUAACUGUUUAAUAGAUCAUACAAAAGAUUUUUUAAAUAACUUUUAUUAACUUCAUAAGUUGUAUUUAAAAUAGAAUACUUGAGAAGGCACUUAGUAAAUAUUGAACUGGA